AUGGAUCCUGGCGCAAUGACCGAAGAGCAGCAGCUGGAAUGGGCGCUGCGCAUGUCAAUGCAGGAAACCACUGGUGCACCCAGUUCUACAGCAGCCGAACCAGCACAACAAGACGUAGCACCGGUCACAUCGCCGUCCUCCGAAACUAUAGCGUCAACUCAACUUUCGGAGGCCGAAAAUGUCCCAAAAACUGGAGGUGACACCAACACCAGCAGCACAGCCGAACCUAUGGAAGUUGAUGAGCCAACACCACCAACAGCAGCAGAAAUGAACGCGGUAAGAUCAAAUUUGUUUGAUGUUUUAGAACUGUUUGCUGAGGCCUGCUACUUGAUUUGCGGGUUUUUCUAA